GUACCGCUUGGUGUGGACAGCGCCUGGCAGUUCCUCCUCCUCCUCCUCCUCAUCGUCGUUGUCGCCGCCGCCACUGUCGCUCAUCUCGCCAGCCCUGCGCAUACGGCGGCGCCGCGGAGCGCUAAAGUUUCUUGGCACUUUGUUCCUUGGCAGAUCGUCGUGUCGCUCCCGGACUGCGCCACCCCGCUGGCCUCGGCUUCCUCGAAGACGCCUGACUCGGGCUUGGCACGGGCUUUGAUGUUUCAUGAGUCACCACGAACGCUACUUGGUGUUAAACUGCCACGCGAACAUGGACUGCGCGACUCUAAGCCGAGAGGGGGCCGGCAUGGCGAAGCCCCCCAAGCAUCUGUGGAGACAACCCCGCAUGCACAUCCGCAUCAAGCAGCGGUACCACUCGGACACGGAGCGCUACUUGUACUGCAAGGCGGCGGAGAAGCACCGGCCGGGGCUGAAGAAGCCGCGGAUGUCCUGGCCGUCGUCGUUUCAAAAACGCUUUGACGUGGAGAAUGGACUGUCGGUGGGCCGCACUCCCCUGGACCCCCAGUCCAGUCCCGGGUCAGGUCUGGUCCUGCAGGCCAACUUCCCCCACAGCCAGCGACGGGAGUCCUUCCUGUACCGCUCCGACAGCGACUUUGACCUGUCACCGAAGGCCAUGUCAAGAAACUCGUCCACCGCCAGCGAGCUGCACGGAGAAGACAUGAUUGUGACCCCCUUUGCUCAGGUGCUGGCCAGCCUGAGGACGGUCCGCUGCAACUUUGUUGUCUUGACGCGCCUUCAGGAUCGGGUAUCAAGCAAAAGAUCUUCAAGCAGCGGCAUGCCAGCUGUGUGCAAGACGAACCUGCCAGAUGAGGCCUACCAGAAGCUGGCCAUUGAGACGCUGGAGGAACUGGACUGGUGCUUGGACCAGCUGGAGACCCUGCAGACCCGGCACUCAGUCAGCGAGAUGGCAUCAAAUAAGUUUAAGAGGAUGCUGAACCGGGAACUGACACACCUGUCGGAAACCAGCAGGUCUGGGAAUCAGGUCUCCGAGUUCAUCUCCAACAUGUUUUUAGAUAAGCAGCAUGAGGUGGAGAUCGUGUCGAGCGGACCAAAGGACAAAGACAAGAAGCAGCAGCAGCAGCCCAUGUCUCAGAUCAGUGGAGUGAAGAAGUUGACCCACAGCUCCAGUGUCACCACCAGCAGCAUCCCGCGCUUUGGGGUGCAGACCGAGGCAGAAGAACCCCUGGCCAAGGAACUGGAGGAUGUCCAUCGGUGGGGCCUCGACAUUUUUAAGGUGGCCGAGUACUCCGGUAACCGCCCUUUGACAGUCAUCAUGUACUCCAUUUUCCAGGAGAGAGACCUUCUGAAGUCGUUCAAGAUCCCCGUCGAGACAUUCCUCACCUUCAUGAUGACUCUUGAGGACCACUACCACCUGGACGUGGCCUACCACAACAACAUGCACGCCGCGGACGUGGUGCAGUCCACCCACGUCCUCCUGUCUACCCCCCGCGCUGAGGCCGUCUUUACAGACCUGGAGGUCAUGGCUGCUAUUUUUGCCAGUGCGAUACAUGAUGUGGACCACCCGGGCGUGUCAAAUCAGUUCCUGAUCAACACCAACUCUGAACUGGCUCUCAUGUACAACGACGCCUCGGUGCUCGAGAAUCACCACCUGGCGGUGGGCUUCAAGCUGCUUCAGGAGGAAAACUGCGACAUCUUUGCCAACCUGACCAAAAAGCAACGUCUGUCACUGCGCAAAAUGGUGAUUGACAUGGUGCUGGCGACUGAUAUGUCCAAACACAUGAACCUGCUGGCCGAUCUGAAGACCAUGGUGGAGACGAAGAAAGUGACCAGUUUAGGGGUCCUCCUCUUGGAUAAUUACUCGGAUCGCAUUCAGGUGCUUCAGAACAUGGUCCACUGUGCAGACCUGAGCAACCCCACCAAGCCCCUGGAGUUGUACCGGCAGUGGACAGACCGCAUCAUGGUGGAGUUCUUCACCCAGGGAGACCGAGAGCGAGACAGGGGGAUGGAGAUCAGCGCCAUGUGUGACAAGCACAACGCCUCCAUUGAGAAGUCCCAGGUGGGCUUUAUCGAUUACAUUGUGCAUCCCCUCUGGGAGACAUGGGCUGAUCUUGUGCACCCCGAUGCCCAAGAGAUCCUGGACACUCUGGAGGACAAUCGCGAGUGGUACCAGAGUAUGAUCCCGCACAGCCCGUCCCCACCUCCCGAGGACCAAGAGAGAGAUGAUGCCAGCCCUGGGGACAAGUUCCAGUUCGCACUCACGCUGGAGGAGGACGAGGCCGAGUCGGACACCGACAGUCCAGCAGAAGAUGACACCAGCAGCAGCGACGCCAGGACGCUGAUCACCGACGAUUCGGAGUCCACUGAUGGGGCCGUAGAGACGUUGCCAAAGCUGGGCCCCCCACCCCAAGAGCCUCCGGGGGACCAUAGCAGUGUGCCUGGUGGGCCGACAGCCACAGCAAGUGUCACAGUAGCACAAGACCCAGAUCAGACGACAGCUGGGGUAACGCAUGAGCUAGAGACGGCCAUCGAAGGAGGAGUGUGCCCUGUAGACCAAGAGGGCAACGUUCUGCUGGCUCAGCUGGGCACAUAGCACAAGAGGGCACCAUGCCCAUUACAUAGGCUCACGUCGCUCACGCUUCCCACUUGACCAGGCAUGGCAGACGGCUGUUUAUAGGGCGCUCUGAGCGACUCCUGAAAGGAGGAGCGCUGGCCUCUGGUGACAUCUCUUUAAGUUGGGACGCCGUUAAGACCACGGACCUGGACAUCACUGGCCCGGGGUGCAGAGCCCCCCAGAUGGCCAGAGGAUGGACAGACGGACAAGACGGGACGUCCACACAGAGGUGUCUUCCUGCGCCUGACUCAUUCUGAGUGAGGCUCUCGUAGCAGCGUUACAGACCAGCGGCCGGGUGGGAGAUCUAGGAGUGGCGCCGGACCCCUGAGGACCACCCCUGCACCUGGCGAACAUUCGGAAUCCGCUGGUUUUGUACACUUUAUGGGGGGG